GGAUUCGGCCUUGUGGAUAAUCGUGUCGUGAGGGAAGAUCUGUGAGCGGAAAAGGAGGAGGGCGUACUCCUUUGUUGCUGUGUCACUUGCCAAAAAAACAACAAAUGAAUAUCUUGGCCCUCCCCCGAGAGCAAACGAGGACGCUUGAACUUCCGGUGUUUUACCGAUGUGUUGGAAGCCUGCAAGGAAUGGUCAUGCUCUAUCCUCGGUUGCCUCUAUGGUGGAAUUUUAUACUUUCCAAUGGAAUUACUUAUGUACUGUACUAUCCUAGGCCGCAGCAGCCUGUUAAUGACUGAGAUGCCACUCAAACAUGCUGUUCCUCCUCUCCUGGGGUUAGGGAGGGGAAAAGACUCGGCCGCGCAUGCGCCCUUUCCCCAAGCCUGGGUGCGGAGGCCCGGCCUCAGUGUCACGUGAUGACCCGCGAGAUGCCGGCGUUUGCGCCUUGCAAUGCUGGGCAGGAAGUCGCGUGAUUGACACCGGCGGCUUUUACUGAGACGGUGCGCAGUGUGGAGGUGUUGAUAGCCGGUGGGGGAAAGACCCAUUUCCUGCCCCCUCACUGGCUUCCUUCAUCAGCCACACCGGAGCAACUAGGGGACCCCUGCUGCUUUAUAACUUUGAAUGGACCCUCUAAGUCCAGCUUUCUGCCCUCCUUAGCACAUGUUGUGCAGAUCCUUUUCAGAGUAAGUGUGGCAAGGGGUUACAAGGUCAAGUCUUAAAAGGUAGCUGAUUUUUAUCGAGCCACAACUCAGAAGGCCUUGACCCUAAUUCUGAUGUGUCUCACCGAUUCAUUGGAAGGGAUUUUGUGCUGAAGACAAUAAGAAGCUUCUUUAUUGAUAGCUGAACAUGAGUGGGAAGAGAAACUUCCAGAGCUGCUCCUAGAUAUAGAAAAGGACCAGCAUGCCACAGUACCUGAAGUUAAGGUGGAAUUAAGACUAAAGAGCGGUAUGGUCUGCGCUGCUAUUUUUGCUAUUCCUCCAUUACUGAGAGCUACUGCUGGGGUUAUUCCCAUUUGUUCAUCAUUCUUACAACCAAAAUAUGCAGCUUUAUGUUGCUGUACAGUAAAUGGCAAAAUGAAAUCCAAAAGAAAGUCGGAUCAUCUGGAGAGAACAGCAAAUGACAUUCGACAGGAGAUUAUUUCUAAAGCGAAAGUCUGUGGAAUCACCAGUGAAUCUGAAAUGGUUAAAAGGCUUCGUCUGGCAGUCACAGAUAAAGAAUUUACUUACAAGGCAGGGCAAUGGGUUGACUUCUUUAUACCUGGUGUUGCUGUAGUUGGUGGAUUUUCAAUCUGUUCCAGUCCUGGACUGCUGGAACAAGAGGGAGAGCUGGAACUAGCAGUAAAACGUACCACACAUCCUCCUGCUCAUUGGGUGCACACACAGUGUGCUCUCAACUCUGAAGUGGCUUUGCGAGUGGGAGGCAACUUCUUCUUUGACCCUCAUCCUGCUGACGCCCCUGUAGACCUUGUGCUCAUAGCCGGUGGAGUAGGAAUUAAUCCUUUGUUUUCCAUACUGCUCCAUGUCACAGACCUCCACAGAAAACAAGAAAAGGAAGGAACCGGAUACCAAAUAGGGACGACUAACCUAUUGUACAGCGCCAAAAACACAGAUGAGCUACUGUUUAGGAAACACAUCCUUGGUUUAACAAAUGCAUUUCCUGGAAAGAUCACAUGCAGUUUCCAUGUUACCCAACAGAAUUCAGAAAUCUGUGAGAACCUUCAGCCUUACAUCAAGAAAGGAAGAAUAUCUGGAAAAGAUCUAGAAAAAUAUAUUUCGAAGAAGACACUCUGGUACAUCUGUGGUCCACCGCCAAUGAUAGAAUCCAUCUCCAAGCUUCUAGAAACUCUUGGUGUGGCUCAAAAGAACAUUUUCUUUGAAAAGUGGUGGUAGCAACAGCUGUUCAGCGCAAAAUAAAAACAGAAGGUGAUAAAAUUAUUGUAUGGCAAGGUAGGUGGAAAAGGAGAGGAAUGCCUACAGUUUAUAAACAGUAAUCAGUUUUCCAUUUAUACAAAUGAGAACGUCCUAUAUGAAUUUCUGUUCAUUAUUCUAAAUUUCCUGAGUAGAUUUUAUAAUCAUGACAGAUUUGUAUAUGUGGUUGUCUCAGAUGUAACUGAAAAUAAAAUAAUGUAUUUCCUUAAUAAAAUAAUAUAUUUCACCAGUGA